AUGAACGACCGGAGCAGCCGGAGGAGGACGCAGCCCCCCGAGGCCGCGUCGCCCACCGCGGCCCUGAUGAGCGGCGUCAGGGCGCAGCUGCACAUGGCCCUGGAGCGGAACUCGUGGCUGCAGAAGCGCAUCGAGGACCUGGAGGAGGAGAGGGACUUCCUGCGCUGCCAGCUGGACAAGUUCAUCUCUUCCGCGCGCAUGGACGCAGAGGACCACUGCCGGGUGAAGCCGGGGCCCAGGCGGGCUGAGGGCGACGGCCGGGCCGGGGCAGCGGGCGAGGCCUCGGACCCGGAGUCCGCCGCCUCCUCGCUCAGCGGGGCGUCGGAGGAAGGCAGCAACCCGGAGCGGCGGCGGCAGAAGCAGAAGGGAGGCGCCGGCCGCAGGCGCUUCGGGAAGCCCAAGGCCCGGGAGAGGCAGCGGGUGAAGGACGCGGACGGCGUGCUGUGCCGCUACAAGAAGAUCCUGGGCACCUUCCAGAAGCUCAAGAGCAUGUCGCGGGCCUUCGAGCACCACCGCGUGGACCGCAACACCGUGGCGCUGACCACGCCCAUCGCCGAGCUGCUCAUCGUGGCGCCCGAGAAGCUGGCCGAGGUGGGCGAGUUCGACCCGUCCAAGGAGCGGCUGCUCGAGUACUCGCGCCGCUGCUUCCUGGCCCUGGACGACGAGACGCUCAAGAAGGUGCAGGCCCUCAAGAAGAGCAAGCUGCUGCUGCCCAUCACCUACCGCUUCAAGCGGUGA